GAUCAUAACUGGGGAUUGGGGUAGGCAGAUUCCCUUAAAGGCAGGAAGGUAGGGCUUCAGCGCUCUGGACAGAAUUGAGACUACAGCGACUUCAGAACGAGCCAGUGCCAUGGGCGUUUGGCAGAAACUGACCUUCCUGCUACUGUUGCCGCUUCUGCUGGUUGGCCUGAGGCAGCCCCCAUGGCCAGCAGCUGUGGCCUUGGCCCUGCGCUGGUUCCUGGGGGACCCCACAUGCUUUGUACUCCUUGCCUUAGCAUUGCUGGCCAAACCCUGGAUCAGCUCCUGGAUGCCCCACUGGCUGAGUCUGGUAGCUGCAGGUGUUACAUUAACUCUGUUGCCUCCACAGCCACCCCCGGGACUACGCUGGCUACACAAAGAUGUGGCCUACAUGUUCAAGAUCCUCUCCUAUGCCCUGAAAACUAGGCGACUCCUUAACAAGCAGCCUCCAGAGACCUUUGUGGAUGCUUUGGAGCGGCAAGCACAGGCACGGCCUGACAAGGCGGCCUUGGUGUGUACAGGGUCUGGGGCCCACUCAAUCACCAAUAGCCAGCUGGAUGCCAGGGCCUGUCAGGCAGCGUGGGCACUAAAAGCAAAGCUGAAGGAAGACAGCAGCCAGCAGGCCAGAGAGAUUGCGGCCCUCUUAGUGCUCCCCUCCAAGAACAUUUCUGCUUUGAGUGUGUUUCUGGGGUUGGCCAAGCUGGGCUGCCCUGUGGCCUGGAUCAACCCACAUGGCCGAGGGAAGCCCCUGCUGCACUCGGUGCUGAGCUCUGGGGCCAGUAUGCUCAUUGUGGACCCAGACCUCCGGGAGAGCCUGGAAGAAGUCCUUCCCCAGCUCCUAGCAGAGAACGUCUCCUGCUUCUACCUUGGCCACAGCUCACCCACUCCAGGUGUGGAGGCUCUGGAGCCUGCCCUGAAUGCUGCUCCAUCUGACCCGGUGCCUGCCAGCUUUCGAGCCCAGAUCAAGUGGCGAAGCCCUGCCUUAUUCAUCUACACAUCAGGAACCACUGGCCUCCCAAAGCCAGCCAUUCUCUCACAUGAGCGGGUCAUCCAGAUGAGCAAGAUGCUGUCCUUCUGCGAGGCCACAGCUGACGACGUGGUCUAUGUUGUUCUUCCUCUGUACCAUACGAUUGGCCUCGUCCUUGGAGUCCUGGGCUGCUUAGAACUUGGAGCAACCUGUGUCCUGGCCCCCAAGUUCUCUGCCUCCCGCUUCUGGGCUGACUGUCGGCAGCACGGUGUAACAGUGAUCCAGUAUGUGGGUGAGGUCCUACGGUACCUGUGUAAUGUUCCUGAGCAACCAGAAGACAAGACACAUCCAGUCCGCCUGGCAAUGGGUAAUGGACUUCGGGAAGAAGUGUGGAAAAUCUUCCAGCAACGCUUUGGUCCCAUUCGGAUCUGGGAAUUCUAUGGCUCCACAGAGGGCAACACGGGCUUAAUGAACUAUGUGGGACGCUGCGGGGCUGUGGGCAAGACCAACUGCUUCCUUCGCAUGCUGAGUCCCUUUGAGCUUGUACAGUUCGAUGUAGAGACGGCAGAGCCUAUAAGGGACAACCAGGGCUUCUGCAUCCCUGUGAGGCCAGGGGAGGCAGGACUCCUGCUGACCAAGAUACUGAAGAACCAACCCUUUCUGGGCUACCGUGGUCCCAAGGAACAGACCAAGCGAAAACUGGUUACAGAUGUGCGGCGUGUAGGAGACCUCUACUACAACACUGGCGACGUACUGUCCUUGGACAGUGAAGGCUUCUUCUACUUCCAGGACCGCCUUGGUGACACCUUCCGGUCAGGCUUGGGGCAUGACCUCCCACCCUGCAGGUGGAAGGGCGAAAAUGUAUCCACGCGAGAGGUGGAGGGAGUGUUGUCGAGCUUAGACUUCCUACAGGAAGUCAAUGUCUAUGGCGUGCCCGUGCCAGGGUGUGAGGGGAAGGUUGGCAUGGCUGCUGUGAAGUUGACUCCUGGGCAGAAUUUUGAUGGGCAGAAACUAUACCAGCACGUCCAUUCCCGGCUCCCUGCUUACGCCGCACCUCAUUUCAUCCGCAUCCAGGACUCCCUGGAGGUCACAGGCACCUUCAAACUGGUGAAGUUACAACUGGUGCGUGAGGGUUUUGACGUGGGAGUCAUUGUUGACCCCUUGUACAUACUGGACCACAAGACCCAGACCUUCAGCCGUUUAAUGCCAGACGUGUACAAGGCUGUGUGUGAAGGAACGUGGAAGCUGUGACCACCUCAUCAACUGCAAGGCUAUCCAAAAGUGUGGGCAUCAGCGCUGGCCAGGGUUCUCAGCGUCAGCUUCACAAAGUUGUCAGACUUCCAGAUGCCACAGCCUAGCAGCCCUUAGAGAAUAAACUUGAAUGCAUAUGCAGAA